AUGGAGAGCGGCGUGGUGCACAUCUUCAAAGAUGACAGAUGUCCCUCGGGUCAGUCGGAGGAGUGCACCCCAAACUUCACCUGGCAAACCGGCUUAUCGGACAUUUUUAACUACACACCCAACGGCACCUGGGAUGCUGAGCCCGAGCCCAUGUCGCCAAUCAUCCCCAUCAUAGUUGCGGUGUACUCCGUGGUGUUUGUGGUGGGCUUGGUGGGCAAUUGUUUGGUGAUGUAUGUUAUCAUUAGAUACACUAAAAUGAAAACAGCCACCAACAUCUACAUCUUCAACCUGGCUGUGGCUGAUGCUCUGGUCACCACCACCAUGCCCUUCCAAAGCACAGACUACCUGCUCAACUCCUGGCCAUUUGGUGAGGUGGCCUGCAAAGUCUUCAUCUCCAUCGAUUACUACAACAUGUUCACCAGCAUCUUCACCUUGACCAUGAUGAGCGUUGAUCGCUACGUGGCCGUGUGUCACCCCGUCAAAGCCCUGGAUUUCCGCACGCCCGUCAAGGCCAAGAUUAUUAAUGUGAUCAUCUGGGUGCUAUCGUCUGCUGCAGGGAUACCUGCUAUGAUACUGGGUAGCACCAACACCCAUAACGGGACUACAGAAUGUGCCCUACAGUUCCCUGAACCCUACUCCUACUGGGACACCCUGAUGAAGAUCUGUGUCUUCAUCUUUGCCUUUGUGGCACCCGUUAUCAUCAUCACUGUCUGCUACACACUGAUGGUCAUGCGGCUGAAGAGUGUACGUCUGCUGUCAGGCUCACGCGAGAAAGACCGCAACCUGCGUCGGAUCACGCGCCUGGUUUUGGUGGUGGUUGCAGUCUUCGUGGUGUGCUGGACGCCGAUCCACAUCUUCAUCCUGGUCAAGGCUUUGUCUGCCAACGUGCCCGAGACCACUCCCGUCACGGCUGCCUACUUCUUCUGUGUGGCACUGGGCUACACCAAUAGUAGCCUCAACCCUAUCCUAUACGCCUUCCUGGAUGAGAACUUCAAGAGAUGCUUCAGGGACUUUUGCUGUCCCGGCAGCCAGAGACAUAGGGACUGUCAGGGUGUGAGCCGGGUGAGGAGCACUCUGCGGGACCACUCAUGUCCCACAGAAGGCAGGGGAGAUAUGAGGCAGGCUAGGCCCGUAUGA